GUUAAUGUGUUUUGAAAAUUUUUUACACCACGAAUUUUCGUUUUAAUAAAAAGAAUUAAUUUUUAACAUCACGUGUUGAGGUAAGUUCAAGUUGCAAAACAUUCUUGGCAUGUACUUGAUAAAAUGAUACGGUAUGUUAAUUUUUCUUCGAUACAAAAGGUGUUUAGAAAUUUAUGUUGAAUUUUUCGUUUGCAAAUAAAAGAACAAGACAGCAGAUCACAACCUAAGUUAUGCAUCUGACUUUUUAAAUGAAAAAUUAGGAAAUCGCCGCUUGUCGCCAAUAUUUUUAUGUAAAAUAAAGAUAGUAAAAUUUUGAGAUUGGAUUAAGUUGUGCGUUAGAUUGUAGUUAGGUUUAGUGUGCCAGAAAUUCCAUGAUGAAAUAAGGCAAGAUACCUGACAUUGUAGCAAGUGAGGAUAAGGAAUGCUAAAAACUUGAUGGGUGGUAGUCGAUUGAAUUAUAUUUUAUAUUUGAAAAGAAAAGGAACAACGAAAUAAUUAUUUUAUUUUAUAUACAAAAAAAGGUAUUGAUUACAAAACUUUAAAUUUCAAUGGUCAACGCUGAUGACACUUUAGAAAAGAAAUCUAUUGAUAGAAGAAAAAGAGAAGCAUCAGUAUCUCAUGAAGAAAAUGAAAAUAAAUGUUAUAAUGGUGAAGUGAAUUCUAAGGAAGCAAUAGUAGGCCAAUUCAAAAAAUCGAAGGAUAAAAAGAGACAGUCAACUAAUGUGGCAUUAGAUGAUAAAACUCACUCAACGCAUUCUUCUGUAGAUUCUUAUGGAGAGAUGGGGAACUCCAAAAGAAGCAAAAGAAAAAAUGAGCAUGACUUAAUAGAAAACAAUCCUCAUAAAUCACGAAAACAUCACACAUCUCGUUACAGAAAUGAUUCAAUCGAAAGUCGUGGGACGUGGCAUAAGCAUCAUUGUCGUCGAUCUAGAGGCAGAGAGUCUUCUGUGUCUCAUCCUAAGAAAUCUAGUAAAACUGAUUUAAGCAAAGAAUUGUCAGAUACGACGGAAGACAAUUAUGUCAAAACUAGACAGCGCACUCGGCAUAGCCAUCAUUAUAAACGUUUUUCGGAUGAUGAAGAUGACGAUGGAAAACGUAACAAAUCAUCUCAACGACAUUCUUCACGGAGAGAGCAUAGACAUCGUCAUAGUAGCUCAGAAACUUAUCGGCGUAGUGUCUCAAAAGUUCGUCAUAAAACUCACGCAACAAAACAACAUUCUAGUCGGUCUUAUCGAGAUCGCUCAAACAGUGUCCAAAAAAAUCAUAAGAGAAUUCAAUCUGAUGAAAGUAUGUUCCGUUCGAGAAGCCGUUCGUAUAAUCGUAAACCUUUUAGUAAAGAUACAGAACAAACGAAAGAUUUUAAGAAGAAAGAAAGAAGUCAGUCAAAGGAAGCUGUGAAACCCGUUGCGAAACCCGUCAAAAAAUCAAAAUGGGAUGUUUCUGUAGCUGAAAUGAGUGAUAUUGAUGGGAAAAUCGGUUUGUUAGCAGUGGAUCCUGGACGUCGUUUACAUAUUGGAAAUUUACCGUCAGACACUGUGGACGUUUCCCUAGUUCAAUUUUUAAAUGGAGCGCUUUUGGCAGCCGCAGGUGUUGAUUUUACGACAGCCGCUUUAACCGGUUUUUUUCCCGUGUCACGUGUUCAGUUAGUUGCACAACAAAACUAUGCGCUUAUCGAUUUACGUACUGUGGCUGAUGUUAAUUGUUCUUUACAACUUAACGGGAUUCAAUUUAAUGGCCAAGCUUUAAAAAUAUCGCGGUUAAGUGACGUUGUUCUACCUCCACCACCGGAAAAACCGCGUGGGUUUGAUCAUAUUCCUGGAACCUCCAAGACGGGCAUGGAUGUCAAGGUCUACGUUACCGAUUUACCAGUGACAGUAACAGAUGAUGAGUUACGAAUCAUAUGCUCCCGCUAUGGUGUUGUACGUUCCGCUGCUCUUAUGAAAGACCUGAAAACAGGUCAAUCGAUGGGUUGUGGUGUUAUUGAAUUUGAUACGGCUGCCAAUGCUAAUGCUGCUGUUAAGGCAUUAGAUAGAAAACCGAUGGGAUUUAAAAUUCCAAGAUUUCAUAAAGGGUUAAUGUUACCAGGACUAUCACGUUUGACCGACAAAGGGGAGCGCGUGACACAUACGUCAUCUAUUGUUACCGAACUUCCAACGUCUGUGACGUAUAAAAUUUUCAGCAAUGCUUUGAUCGGUUCACAGGUUAAGGCGGCUCGUCAAGAAGGUGCGAAGCCAAGUAUGGUGGUUCAACUUUUAAAUGCAGUGUUUCCCGAAGAUCUAAUCAAGGAUGAAGACUAUAAUUCUAUUAUGGAAGAUAUGAAAAAUGAAGCGUCUCAGUAUGGAACGUUAGUGAAUGUUGUCAUUCCACGACCUCCUGAAGAUUUAUCAUUCAGACCUGGAGUGGGGAAGGUUUUUCUACAUUUUUCCGACAUUACAGCAGCCAGAAAAGCCCAGGCUGAAUUGAAUGGAAGACGGUAUGAGCAGAGACGGACGAUUUGUGCUGCCUUUUAUAAUUUGGAACGAUUUUUGGACGGGAAGUAUACAUUGGUAUAGCUUCACUUUUAUUAAAACAUUGUUUUUUUCCUUUAUUAUUUAAAAACAUACCUACAUUCUUUACUGUAUUGAUCAGAACAUUUAUAAAUGAAAGGAGUCAAACACUGUCAUUGUAAUAUUUGA